AUGGCUGCUCGUUUCUUGGUGACAGCUUUGGUAUUCUAUCAGGCAACUGGGCAAGAGGUAGCCAGCUGCCAGGACUGCGCAGCAGAAUCAGGUGAGGAUGCAAGCUUUCUGCAAGCGACCAAAGCUAAAGGGCCUCACAUCGAGGCUGCAAAGGGCGGUCUCUACAUAGAUAACAAGAAUCCCUGGGCAAGAUCAGCCAAGAAGCGCUACAACCAUCAUCGACAUAUGCAUGAGAAGGUAGUGGAUUCAACAGACUACAGUCAAGACGCUACAGAUGUCUACGAGAAGGUCAAGGAUUUGAGUUUAGAAGAACGCUGUCCAAGAGUCAAGAUUAUGACCUUGGAUGAGGUGCAAGACAGAUGGAAUGAGGCUUUCGCCGACUUCCAGCAAAAGAACAAGGCCGAUGGCACGAAGGCUUAUAAAGAGGCACUUGAGGACUUAAAGGCAGACUUCGCCGACGCCCUGGACAAUGCGAAACCGGUCAUUGUCAAGGGAGACGUUCCCAGACAACUGGGAUGGAAGGCGGCCGACCACUGGGGGAAAGAUGAACUUUCCCGCUUUCUGGGUGAUACAACCUGGCAGAGGACCACCUUCAACUAUCCAGAUUGGAUCAUCGGGCUCAACAGUCGGACCAGCCUGAAGGAUUACCUGGCAAAUCACGACAGUAAGGAGAAUGUGUUCCUUUUCGCGAGCGAGAAUGGCUGUAGCGAAGAUCAUGCUUUGAAAUCCCUGGUCGAUACCAUGAGAAGUCAUUUUGCACCCAGUCCAGAAUGGGGAUACCCCCCGGAAGCCUGUGAAGCAAUCAUUGCCGUCGAUGGCAUCGGAAGCUCCCACGGCUUUCACUGCCAUGAUCCUGUUUGGAACACGCAAGUCUCAGGCACCAAACACUGGUGGCUCUUGGACCCCUUCUAUGGCUCGAACAUUGUGGAUUCAGCCGGCUACAUGGAAUGGGGCGGUGCACCGAAGCUUCCGAACUCGAACAAGACCUUCGAAUUUCCCAACGGCUGCGCCAUGCUGAAGGAGGUACAACCACCGGAAGGCGCAAUCAAGUGUGUCGUGCAGCCAGGAGAAAUGAUCAUCCUCCCAGACUCCUGGAUGCACGCCACCUGCGGCCUCACCGAGUACACCAUUGCUGCUGGUGGAUGGUUGGGCGGGACCGCCAAAGAAGAUGAUAAAGGCACCGCUCCGAAGUGA